CACCACCGCCUCCUCCGCCUCCUCCUUCCUUUGAUCUAUCUCCAUCAAAAUCCUCCAUUUUUUUAUACAAAUUAUUAAAAAAUUACUUCUUUCUCUCUCUCUCUCUCUCUCUCUCAUCUUACAUAGCCAUAACUCUUCACGCUUCACUCUCACUUCUCCUUCUCAAACCCUUCGUUUUCUUUCACAUUGCUUUCAUGGAAGCUCCCCACUAUUUCCACCCUGCUUUUUCCACCCAAAACCCACACUCCUCCAAUACACUUGAAACCACUGCCGCCGCCGCCGCCGUCGCCGACCAUUUCCUUGUCGAAGACCUCCUGGAUUUCUCUAAUGAUGACCAUGUCGUCUUCACCGACUCCACUUCCGACAACCAAACCCCCACCUCAACUGAUUCCUCCACUCUCACUUUACUCGAACAACCCAACAAUGGACACCACAAUUAUAGCUUCCUCGACGCCAAUUUCUCCACCGACCUUGCUGUUCCGUACGACGACUUAGCAGAGCUCGAAUGGCUUUCCAAUUUCGUUGAGGAUUCUUUCUCCACCGACGACUUGGAGAAGCUGAGUCUGAUAUCAGGGGUGAAUUCCCGGACCGACGACGACGCCGCCGCAAAACCCAGAGAAUUUCAAACCGAACUCUCCGCCGGUUUCCACCCCGACAUGUCGGUACCGGCGAAAGCCGCUCGUAGCAAGAGGUCUCGGGCAUGUAUAUGGAAUUCCAGAGUAUCCGUACUCUCCCCCACAAAUUCCUCUUCCGAAACCGACGUUGUCGUCACGCUCACGGCUAAGAAAACAUCCAAGAAGAAAGAAACCCCCGACGACACGUUGUCCCCCAGCAAUGGGGAAGGUCGGAAAUGUCUCCAUUGCGCCACCGACAAAACGCCUCAGUGGCGAACCGGCCCAUUUGGCCCUAAGACCUUGUGUAACGCUUGUGGGGUCCGAUACAAAUCCGGCCGCCUUGUACCGGAGUAUCGACCAGCGGCAAGCCCGACAUUCGUGCUGACAAAACACUCCAAUUCUCACCGGAAAGUCAUGGAACUCCGGCGACAAAAGGAAAUGAUGAGAGCACAACAACAACAUCAUCAUCAUCAACAACAACAACAUCUUCAUCAAGAGACUAUGGAAUUCAACCAUGCAUCCAACAACGACAACGACGAUUACUUGAUCCACCAACACAUAGCGCCCAUCUACGAAUAGAGAAAUGUUUCUCGAAUUAGUGGCUAAUUAUUUGAAAAAUCCGAUCUAGAGUUACUAAAUUUUCAUUUCUAACAGCUUAAAAUCUGAACUCAGCAUACCCAUAAUCACUUUUCUUAAAGUUUACUCCUUUGUUCUUGUGUAGUUCAUCAUAAUGCAUUAGCUUAAUCUGGGUUAGAAUUUGAAUAUAGAAUUGUGUGAAAGAAAAGAAAAAGGCGAUGCCUUGAAGUUGGCGAAAGUACAGAAUGGCAGGAAAAUUUACUACGGCUGUGGAUCUUUUUGCAACAAAA